AUGCCUGGCAAGACAUACUUCACCGAAGAAGAGAAAGACCUUGUGCAGGACCUCAUAAACAAGUAUAAGGACGUCAUCGAGAACAAGCGCACGGACGCCGUGUCGUUAACCGCGAAGGCCAAGGCAUGGGAAAAACUGUGCGCAGAAUAUAACAGCAGGCCCUUUGUGCGUGCCCGGGACGUCAAACAGCUCAAGAAGCUGUGGGAUAACUUGAAGCAAAGGUGGAAGCGCGAGAAAGCGAAACAAAUUCGUGACGUCAUGGCUACAGGAGGCGGCCCGCCACCACAACCUAUAGAUGAUCGGCUUGCACAGGUUGAAGCAGUCGUGCCACACCUGACCACGCGAGUACCAAACCCCUUUGACAGCGACCGCCCGCUAGAUGCUCCAUCAGAUACGCAAAGCGCUUUGGAGAUACUGAACAGGAUGUUGAAUGACAGUGGACCGGCCGACAGUGAUGAAGGUAACAACUAG